AUGUGCAAAGCCGAACUCAACAAAUCCCAUACCUGCCACCAUAAAUGGCUCACCAUCGUGAAAGAAUGUGAGAAAGGCGCAGGCUUCAACGGCAACCAUUGUCACAAGUUCAAACCUGCAAGACUGGGCCUUUUUCAACCGAGAUUCGUUUCCGCCGCUGCGAAUACCUGUCCCGAGUGCGACAAGAAAGCGGACUACAACUCCAAAACGACAAGGAUGAUAGUGGAUAACAGAAUGGACCGGGGGACACUGGGCAAUGGUUACACGUUGACCGACGGAUAUGGCAAUGCUUUGCCAGUCUACCAGGCUUCAUCAUACUACCACUGGGGUCCGGGGUACGCGGGAGGCUAUACGACUACGUCGUGUGGGGUGACGAGGAUGGCACGGCCUCCACAGGAUCCUGGGUGUGGGUGUACCAUCAUGUGA